AUGCCAGGACACGUCGGGCCACUCGGGCAACAUGCAGCUGAUUGUUUGGCCAAUGGAGUGGGGGCCACUGCAAAAAGCGUGGUGGACAUGUCCAAAGCCGCAACGCUGCAAUUUGGCGAGAACUACAACACGUUGAUGGAGCACCUUGUCGACGACCUACUUCAGCUGCAGCAAGGUUUUCUACACCAUGGUGAGACCUGGCAUUUGGUUUGUAUCGGGUGCAAGGGCGAUAUGCCUUUCUUGGUGAAGACGGGUGGGUUUGAGCGUCAUUGGUUACGUGCUGAGAGGAAAGCUAACGCAAGAACAAGAACUAGGGCGUCACCUGGAGUUUGCUGGCUUUGUAUGGCGGGAACCCCAAAUAUCCCUUUUGAGGACUGCAACCUGAAUUCCGUAUGGUCCAACACCCAGAACAGACCUCCGUGGCAAGUUCAACCUGCAAUACUUCGGCUAUUCCAUUCACCAUCAGCCCCAUGGGACAUGUUCAAGCCGGAUAUAUUUCACAACUACCAUGGUGGCCUGGGCAUGUAUUUCAUUGCCUCUUCAAUUGUGGAAUGCAUGGUCCUUGUCCCUGGGACUAUUGAUGACAAAGUGAAUCAUUUUGCUGAAGCAUUGAAAGAGUGGGCGGAAAGAAGAAAGAACCGUUUGCCUCACAGUGGCCCGUUUACCCGGGAAAGAGUGGGGCUUACUUCGUUUCAGGUCCUUCCGGAAGCCCGGUGGUCAAAGUUUGACGACACAAGGAUCUACCAUUCAUUCCUACAAUCUUGGCUAGAAGAACGGGAAAACCAAAUCCAAGACUACGAAAUUCUUUGCCGGAUUUUGGAAGGGCUACGUAGUAUCAAUGGAAUGUUCCACAUACUCUAUACCUCUGGCCUUUGGAUGGAAACCCUAGAAGUCAAGAAUGCUGCAACACUGGGGCGAACUUUUCUGUGCAAUUACUGCCAGCUUGCGAACAUGUGCUACCAUGCUGGGCGUUUGCGCUAA